GAUGGCGUCAGCGGCUUCGCCCUGGGGACUCUGAAGGGCGAUUCUGACUUGGGACUUGAGCACAGCCUGGGACCUGAGCUGAGACAGAGCCAGGAUGUCUCAAUGGAAUCAAGUCCAACAGUUAGAAAUGAAGUUUUUGGAGCAAGUAGAUCAAUUCUAUGACGACAACUUUCCUAUGGAAAUUCGACAUCUGCUGGCCCAGUGGAUUGAAAAUCAGGACUGGGAGGCAGCUUCUAACAAUGAAACCAUGGCAACAAUUCUUCUUCAAAACUUGUUAAUACAACUGGAUGAACAGUUAGGUCGUGUUUCCAAAGAGAAAAACCUGCUCUUGAUACACAAUCUAAAAAGAAUUAGGAAAGUCCUCCAGGGAAAAUUUCAUGGAAAUCCAAUGCACGUAGCUGUGGUUAUUUCAAAUUGUUUAAGGGAAGAAAGGAGAAUAUUGGCUGCAGCCAACAUGCCUGUCCAGGGACCCUUGGAGAAAUCCUUACAAAGUUCAUCAGUUUCAGAAAGACAGAGGAAUGUGGAGCACAAAGUGGCUGCCAUUAAAAACAGUGUGCAGAUGACAGAACAAGACACCAAAUACUUAGAAGACCUGCAAGAUGAAUUUGACUACAGGUAUAAAACAAUUCAGACAAUGGAUCAGGGAGACAAGAACAGUGCCCUGCUGAACCAGGAAGUUUUGACACUUCAAGAGAUGCUAAACAGCCUCGACUUCAAGAGAAAGGAAGCCCUCAGUAAGAUGACACAAAUAGUAAAUGAAACAGACUUGUUAAUGAACAACAUGCUAAUAGAAGAGCUGCAAGACUGGAAGAGGCGGCAGCAAAUCGCCUGCAUCGGAGGUCCACUCCAUAAUGGGCUCGACCAGCUUCAGAACUGCUUUACACUGUUGGCAGAAAGUCUUUUCCAACUCAGAAGGCAAUUGGAGAAAUUAGAGGAGCAAUCUACCAAAAUGACCUAUGAGGGUGACCCCAUCCCACUGCAAAGAACACCCCUGCUAGAAAGAGCCACCUUCUUGAUCUACAACCUUUUCCGGAACUCAUUUGUGGUUGAACGACAACCAUGCAUGCCAACUCACCCUCAGAGGCCAAUGGUGCUUAAAACCCUCAUUCAGUUCACCGUAAAAUUAAGACUACUAAUAAAAUUGCCAGAGCUAAACUAUCAGGUAAAGGUUAAAGCUUCGAUUGACAAGAAUGUUUCAACUCUAAGCAAUCGGAGAUUUGUCCUUUGUGGAACUCAUGUCAAAGCCAUGUCAAUUGAAGAAUCUUCCAAUGGCAGCCUCUCAGUAGAGUUUCGACAUUUGCAACCUAAGGAAAUGAAGUCCAGUGCUGGAAGCAAAGGAAAUGAGGGCUCUCACAUGGUGACUGAAGAGCUUCAUUCCAUAACUUUUGAGACACAGAUCUGCCUUUAUGGCCUAACAAUAGAUUUGGAGACCAGCUCAUUACCUGUGGUGAUGAUUUCCAAUGUCAGUCAGUUACCUAAUGCUUGGGCAUCCAUCAUUUGGUACAAUGUGUCAACCAAUGAUUCCCAGAACUUGGUUUUCUUUAAUAAUCCUCCAUCUGUCACUUUGAGUCAACUUCUGGAAGUGAUGAGCUGGCAGUUUUCAUCAUAUGUCGGUCGUGGCCUUAAUUCAGACCAACUCAAUAUGCUGGCAGAGAAGCUUACAGUCCAAGCUAGCUACAGUGAUGGACACCUCACCUGGGCCAAGUUCUGCAAGGAACACUUACCAGGCAAAUCUUUUACCUUUUGGACAUGGCUUGAAGCAAUAUUGGAUCUAAUUAAAAAACACAUUCUUCCCCUUUGGAUUGAUGGGUAUAUCAUGGGCUUUGUUAGCAAAGAGAAGGAACGGCUGUUGCUAAAGGAUAAAAUGCCUGGAACCUUUUUAUUAAGAUUCAGUGAAAGUCACCUUGGAGGAAUAACUUUCACCUGGGUGGACCAUUCCGAAAAUGGAGAAGUGAGAUUCCACUCUGUAGAACCUUACAAUAAAGGCCGGUUGUCUGCUCUGCCAUUUGCCGAUAUCCUUCGAGACUACAAGGUUAUUAUGGCUGAAAACAUUCCUGAAAACCCCCUGAAGUAUCUAUAUCCUGACAUUCCCAAAGACAAAGCCUUCGGUAAACACUACAGCUCCCAGCCAUGUGAAGUUUCAAGACCAACAGAAAGGGGUGACAAAGGUUAUGUUCCUUCUGUUUUUAUCCCCAUCUCCACAAUCCGAAGUGAUUCAACCGAGCCACAUUCUCCAUCAGACCUUCUGCCCAUGUCUCCAGGUGUUUAUGCAGUGCUGAGAGAAAACCUAAGUCCCACAACAAUUGAAACUGCAAUGAAGUCUCCAUAUUCUGCUGAAUGACAGGAUGAACUGUGACACCCAAAACAAGGAAACGAAUAAAAAGUUUAAAGACUGAUCUUUGCCAGCAAUUAAAUCUGAUUUCUUCAGCUUUGUACAAAACAGUUUCCAGAAAAUGGUUGAAGCCUGAAGCUCACCUCUCACUAACAUGGCACCCCAGUUGGGAGCCCCACGGUUGGAAUGUUAAAAACCAAAGCUUCAGAUACACUUGUGAGAGAAGGCAACGUUAAGAAACCAGUGUUAAUGUCAAUAUAACUAUCCAUAGGCAUCUCAUUUGCACGUAUUUGUUUCACCUCUGAUUUUGUUUCUCAGGUAUUACUUAUGAUUUGGGUUUCUGUUAAGACUUCAGGAUGGGUCGGGAAUAACAAAGCCAAACCUUCAUUAUUCGAAAACCGGCAGGAUGGCCUGAGGGAAAAGGCAAACAAGCCAGUGUCCUGAGUUCUAGAAGGUAAAGGUCAUCACUCUAGAUCAACAGUGGAAGGAAUGAUGGGGUGGCAACAGCAGCGGAUCCCAGAGUGUCCAGGGGUGUACUAAGAAGCCUCUUGAUUGUCAUGUCAACAUUGCGCCAACCAAACACUUCAGGAUUCAUAGUUCCUGGUGCCACUAUCAGGGUCACCUUUCUCAUUACGGUGGAAGGAUCCAGAUUCUUCCUUGGUGCUAUCUUAGGCAAAUCACACUAUUAUGGGCAUUGAAAAAAGAUGCAUGGGUAAAAAAUCUCAUGGAAAUGAGGAAUGGGAAUAGGAUAGCAACUAUGGCCUUGGGUGAAUGAUUUCAUCUCUGGGUCGCACAUUCUUCAUGUUUAGAAGGGGUUGAACCAGGAAGGCUCUCUGUUCCUUUCCUGUUCUAAUAGUCUCUGAUCCCAAGAAUCCAACCUGAGCUUAGGGAGAGGGGUUUAAGAUGAGAAGUCUCAUCCCUACAGAUUUCUCUGGUGAGGAGGGGAGGGGUACGCUGUUUACUGGAUGGUAAUGUAUAUAUAUAAGCUGCGGGUGUUUUGGUCUUUCCUCCCCUUAACUGGUUGCUUAGUGGUGCCACUGCCCAGUGGCUUCCCUUGGUAAUGGUGUUUUGGUUUGCUAAAGCUGCUGGAAUGCAACAUGCCAGAAAUUGGUUGGCUUUUACAAUGGGGAUUUAUUAACUUACAAAUUUACAGUUCUAAGGCCAUG